AUGCCUGCACAAGUAAACGCCUUCAACCUCGAGACGUGUGCCCGUCCCAACAUCCUGGCUCUCGAGCCCUACAGAUGUGCCAGAGACGACUACAAAGACGAUGGCACAAACAUUCUUCUGGACGCCAACGAGAACGCCUAUGGUCCCGGUCUGGCAGUCGAUAGUGCUUCAGGCAAGCUGAAGAACGCCUUGAACGGAGAUGCCAGUGUCGAGGUCGACCUUCUCGGCCUCAAUCGCUACCCAGACCCCCACCAACCCGAGCUUAAGCAACUGCUUUGCAACCUCCGCAACACCCACACCCACACAGAAAAGAAUCUGACACCCGAGAACCUCUUCGUCGGUGUUGGCAGUGAUGAAGCCAUUGACGCCCUGAUUCGCGCCUUCUGCACUCCUGGCAAAGACAAGAUCCUUACAUGCCCUCCCACCUAUGGCAUGUACUCUGUUUCUGCCCAAGUCAACGAUGUCGCCGUCAUCAAAGCUCCGCUAGACGUCAACAAUGACUUCGCCCUCCAACCCUACCUGAUCAACGAGAUGCUCGAACAAGACCCCCACAUCAAGAUGGUUUACAUUUGCUCACCAGGCAACCCAACAGCCAACCUCGUUCGCAAGGAGGACGUCGAAGCUGUUCUCAAACACCCAUCAUGGAACGGCAUUGUCGUGCUGGAUGAAGCCUACAUCGAUUUCGCCCCCGACGGCACUUCUUUGGCCGAAUGGGUUAACGACUGGCCCAACCUCGUUGUUAUGCAAACUCUCUCAAAAGCCUUUGGUCUUGCCGGUAUUCGUCUAGGAGCUGCCUUCACCUCUCCACCCAUCGCCCGCCUACUCAACUCCCUCAAGGCACCCUACAAUAUCUCCAACCCCACCUCUCAACUCGCCAUCGCAGCCUUGCAACCCAAGAACCUCGCCGUCAUGCGCCAAAACCGUGACAAGAUUAUCACUCAACGCGACCGCAUGCUCAAAGAAAUGCCUUCAAUUCCGGGCAUCGGUCGUUUCCGCGGCGGCGCAGCAAGCAACUUCCUCCUCGUCGAGAUGCUCAAUGCUUCCAAAGAACCCAGUAAUGAAAUCGCUCUUGCCGUGUACGAACAACUCGCCGAGUCCCGCGGUGUGGUCGUCCGUUUCCGCGGCAAGGAGUUGGGUUGUCUGGGUUGUUUGCGCAUUACCGUGGGUACUGAAGACGAAGUCACUAGAUUUUUGAGGGAGAUUGCUUCGGUGCUUGAGACGGUCAGAAAUGAUCAAAGUGGCAAGAAGCUCGACAAGAGCGAGCAGAAAACAGAAGACAAGGCUGAGGAACAAGCUAACGAUGUAGUCGCCUAG